UCUAACUUGUCCAGAAAGAAAAGGACAUUCAACCUGCAUUCUUACACAUGGCUGCAAGUUUCAAGAAUUUUGGAAUACAAGCAUUGAGUAGCCGGCAUACAGUUUUCAAAGCAUUACUAAAUAGUAGACGAUUGGGAACAAUGUCUCAAUCGCUGAUUAAAGUACCCGAUGUGGAUAUCGACGGGCAUGGAAGAUUUAAAUACAUUUUAAUCAACGUUUACGACGAUACGAAUAAUGUGAGCAAAACCAUCGUCAGAGGUUAUGCCAGAGCACAGUGGCACUCGGACAUUUUUGACGAGGCCGGAGAGCAGUUAAAAUCGAUUCCCGGAUUGAGGGCCAAGUGUUUAGGUGGUGGAAGAAUCGAACACGAUCCUGACGAGAGAACACUCAAGGUGUACGGAUAUUCUCAGGGUUUCGGAAAGGCUGACCAUGACGUUGCCGCUGGAAUAUUAAAAAAGAUGUAUUCUGAUUACACCAUUACAUGCUCGGACGAAGGAUAUUAAGAAGGAAAUGAUCUUACAGAAGAUAUUUAUAAUUACGCAGCUAUAGCGAAUAAGUAAUUUAAUAAAGAAUUUCUACGAUUUA